AUGAUGACGACAGAGACCAGAUGGAACGCGGGCAAGAGACGCGUCUUCCAGUCCGUCUUCCAGACGGCCGUCUCGCAGCCCACGCCCUACUCCACCCCCUCGGUGCGCUUCACGGAGCAGUCUCAGGCCUUCGGCGGUCCGCUGGCACACACGCCCCAGAAGCGGGCGGCUGCCGCCUACCUCUCGUCGCCCGUGAAUCCCCACGCCAGCGACCAGACUCGCUUUGACCGGUCAUGGCAUAUUGUGACUUCCCGCAUCGCUCUUCCGCCGUCCGUGGCAGCUGAGGAUUCUUUCGGACCGUUGCCCAACUCCCAAGAGGCCGAGGACGAGGAUUUCGACGAUGCCUUGCGGGAUGUCCUGGACCCCGGGUCUCGAUUGCCCCUGGCCGAUGAUACCGAGGACGUCCUAUCCUGGCAUACCCAGCAAGUAAGACUGCACUUUGUCAGUCACGUGCUCCCCCUACUGGCAGUAUGCGAUACCUACACGGAUCAGGCACAAGUGCUGCUGGGCAGCAUGCGAACGCUGGAAGCCGCUCAUCGGCAGUAUCUCUUUGGCCUGUCCCUCAUUAUACGGGCCAUUGACCAGACCGAGGCCGAUCAAGCUCUGAAGAAAUUCCGCCGGGACUUGCAUGCCAUCGUGGGAAAUUCGGUGUCAUCCUCGCUUAUGGAUGCCCUGAGGACGGUACUGGGGCAGCUCAUGACUGUAAUUCUGGGGCUGCCGAGCGCUCUCAGGGGCUCGCAUGGAGAACAAAAACGAAGCAAAAUCCAAGAGGCAAGAAGGGAGAUGACACAGCUUGUCGAGUCCCUGUGCAAGAUUGGUUUGGCCGGAGAGAGAUUCCAGAUUCUCUUUGCCGAGCUUCUCAACAACAUAAUGGCUACCUACAUCUACGAAACAUUUGCGGGUCGAUGGGGGCCAAGCGGCGAUGUGAUUCCCAAAGCACAUGCACCCGAACACGCCAGUGCACAGCCACGUUGUAUCAGAGAGCUGUCCAGCUGGGUAGAAGAUAACUACGGUCGGAUGGCAGUCGAAGUCACUAACCUCUUGGGCAACGUCCAGGUUGCUUGGGCUGAUGUGGAAAAGUGGAAGGAGAUCGCAGUCGGACGGUUGGCAUCGCUGAGGAUCAGUGAACUCUUCGACAUUGUCAUAAGUUGGCCCGACAGUGAAGGCGGUAUCAAUGACCUCCGAUACACCGUCACUACACCCCAACGACGACUGCAGCUCACCGAUGCCUUCUCUACGGCUUUGCAAAAGCGGCUUCUCCACUCCGGCCGCUCGACUCUGGACAUUCUUCGCACAUAUAUCUCCAUGAUCAAAACGUUUCAAAGGCUCGAUCAUUCGAGGGUUCUCCUUGAUCGCGUGGCUUACUCGCUUCAGCUCUAUCUUUGCACGCGGGAGGACACAGUUCGGAUCAUAGUCACAAGUCUAUUGACAAGUCCGAAGGAAGAUAGAAUGGAAGCCCGCAAGACCAAGCUCGUGGAACUGGUCGAGCUGCUGCACGAACCAGACCAAUACCGCUCCGAGCGCCAGGAUGACGAUUGGGAUGACCUGACUUGGGUCCCCGCGCCAGUCGACGCGGGCGCGAAUUACAAGCGACGCAAGUCCGAGGAUGUUAUUGGAACCCUCAUUGGAGCUGUCGGGUCCCCCGAGGUCUUUAUUAAAGAGUUCCAGUCCAUUAUUGGUGAACGUCUACUUUCGGAGCAGACUGGGUAUGAACAGGAGAUCGGCGUUCUGAGCCUGUUGAAGAAGCGGUUCGGCGAAUCUUCGUUGCAAUCCUGUGACGUGAUGAUCAAAGAUAUUCAGGAUUCGAGGAGGCUAGAUGGAGUCAUCCACCGUGGCGCCAUGAACCAUCCAGGAAAAGGCCAGCGUGACUGGACGAUUCAUACGAAGAUUCUCUCAAGGCUUUUCUGGCCGGACAUGGGAGAUGAACCUUUCGUCGUCCCAUCGAGUGUCGGUGACAUGCAGAAGUCGUACGAGAACAUCUUCGAACAUCUCAAACCAUCGAGAAAGCUCCGCUGGCUCAAUCAUCUCGGCCAAGCAACAGUCGAGCUUGAACUUGAGGACCGCACCAUAUCGGAGGUUGUUCGCACGUACGAAGCGGCCGUGAUCAAUGCGUUCAGUGAGGAUGUGUUCAAGGGCCGUGCUCCUACUUGGACGUUCGAAGAAAUCUGGCAACACCUGCAGAUUGACGAGGAUCUGCUUGCAGCAGCCUUGCAAUUCUGGGUUGACAAAAUGGUUCUCCGGAAGCUGCCAAGUGAAGAAUACACGGUGAUCGAACGACUCGCGGACGCGGAGCAGCACGCAGCCGCUUCGGCCUCGAAUGCACCAGGCUCAACUCAAAUAGCACCUCACGACAACGCACCCAGCCCUCGCAAGGCAAAGUCUGGCAUGAGCGAGAAAGAAAAGGCCCAGCGGCAGGUAUACUGGCAGUUCAUUGUUGGCAUGUUGACCAACUCAAGCUCCCAGAUGCCUCUGGGCCAGAUCUCGAUGAUGAUGAAGAUGCUCAUCGCCGACGGAUUUCCUUGGAGCAACGAAGAACUUCAAGAGUUCCUUGCCGACAAGGUCGCGGAAGGCGAGAUGGAGCUUGCGGGUGGGAAGUACAAGCUUGUCAGAAAAUAG